CAAAUUCAACAAUAUUUUAAAUGUUUAUUAAAAGCUAUUUUUGCACUAUAUUAUAUAAAAUAAAUGUGUGCAAAUGAAUAAGUGCUGUGUUAGCGUAUAUAAAAGUGAAAAAUAUAAGUGCAAAAUUAAUUUUAUAUAUCGAAAAUAUGUAAUUAAAAUAUUGCAAAUUUUCAACUUAAAACGCGAAUAACUCGAAAACUAUAAGCUUCCUGCGGCUAUAACCAUAUAUAUUCGUGAUCUGGAGAAUCUCCUCUAUCCGACCAUACCCAUUUUAUUCCCGAAAUCCUGGGAUGGUAUACUAAAUUCUUCCCCAGUACUAAAACAGUGGAUUAAUUUUUGUGCACUUCGCGCCAGAAACCUUCGAAAGAAAUUUGCAGUUUGAAAUGGGUUUCAGUUCGCGGAGUCUAACGAAGUUGCUACUUAGCGCUUUUCUCACGUUAACCAGAAUAACUACUGCAGAGACUGAUGAACGGCAGAAAAGGAUGGAGUAUCGUUUAAAUCAGGACGUUUUAGAAAAUUUGUUUGGCGUAAUCAGGUUAAAAGGCGGUCUUCACGAUCACCCUGACAGGAAGGAAUUCAAGUAUAGGCUACGUUCCUAUAUACUUGGUCACAACGAAAGACCGAUUACAGAUGAAGGAAAUAUUGAAGUCGACAACACCCCAGAUUUCGAAGGGAAUUACUUAUCUCUAACCGGUAAUAUUUUUCAACGUGUGUCAGUUGAUUUAAAUUCCGCUGACCCAAUUGAAAAAAAUUAUGACUUGAAGAUUCUCAACAACGACGGGCUUGAAAAUUUUUCUGCCACAAACUUGGUAAAGAUAACCCCGAAACUUGUGCCAAUUCAGAAAAUUGUUCGUCUUAUACUUGGGUGGAUCACCUAUCUGAAGGAGGACUUUCAAAACCAACAGAUACAUAUGUUGAUGGGGCAUAUGAGAGCCUUGCAAGCAGUAUUUGACGCCUUAAAUGGUACUGAUUUGCAUAUACAUACGUGCACGUGCAUAACUGAGUAAAUGGUUAUCAAUACUGCAUGUAUGGUCCCGUAAAAAUUUUAGUACUUCAUCAAUUUUAACAAAACUUUUGGAAUUUGUUCACUUAUUUUUCCUCUUACAAAAGCCUCCUAUCGCGUUUAUGAAAAAAAAUUGGAACGACCAGUUUUCUAACGAAAUCUUUGCAGUGCCGCAAACGAGAUAACAUCUACUUAAAAAAAUGAAGAAAAUAUCUGUUGAAUUAGAAAACAGCAUCGUGACAUUGACAAGAGAUGAUCUCUCGUCUAGGCAAAUUGCAGAUAAACUAGGUGUUAGCCAGCGUACUGUAACCAACGUGCAAAAAAGGCGAAAUGUUGUCCGGAAAACAAACAAAGGUGGCCGACCAAAAUUGCUCACGGACGCAGAUGCACGUCUAAUGAUCCGGGAAAUGCAAAGGGGCAACACAGCUACACCAGAAAGGGCCGCAAAAGCUAUAUAUAGGGAUGAGAGCGAAUGGACAGCACGCAGAGCACUGAAUCGGAUUGGUUUUGAGUCAGCAGUAAGAAAAAAAAAGCCGGCAUUAUCUGAGAAAAAUAGAAAAGCACGACUCAGUUUCUGCAAAAGCCAUAAAAAUUGGAACGUUGAUGACUGGAAACGUGUAAUUUGGUCUGACGAGGUGAAAAUAAAUCGUUUUCAAUCGGAUGGAAAAAUUUAUUACUAGCAGCGACCCAAUGAAAGGAUUCAAAGGCAUCACGUGAAGCAAACUAUUAAGCAUAGCGGAGGCAGCUUGAUGAUGUGGGGCUGCUUCACAUGGUGGCAUAUUGGACCAAUCCAUAAAAUCGAUGGAAUAAUGAAAAAAGAUAUAUUAAAGACCUACUUGCCCGAUUUUGUAGACAAAAGCGCGUACCCGGAGGAAGAAGUAGUAUUUCAGCAGGACGGUGAUCCCAAACACACCGCUAAAAUUGUGAAGGAAUGGUUGGCGCUUCAAAAAUUUUCGGUGAUGGAGCGGCCUGCACAAAGUCUUGAUCUCAAUCCCAUUGAGAAUUUAUGGGCAAUAAUGAAAAUGCGAUUGGGAAAGUACGAAAGAGCACCGAAAAUCCUGGAUGAGCUGUACAGUCGCAUACAAACGGAAUGGAACAAAAUACCGAAUGAAUUUAUUCAAAAAUUAGUUGAGAGUAUGCCAAAACGCAUCAAUAAAAAGCGUAAUUAAAAAUAAAGAACUGUGGACAAAAUAUUAAAAAUUAAUAAGUUAUUAUGGUUAUUGCAAAACGAGCAAAACCGAGUAAAUAUUAGUAUACUUUGAAUUACUUCAUUAUUUAAAAAAGUUGAUCUCUUAUCUUUAGUGUUAUAUUUUCUGUUUUUUAAUACAAUAAAAAUAAAGAAAUUCUGAAAGUUUUGUUUAAAUUGAUGUGUUAUUAACAUUUUUAUAUAAUUAUAUGUGCAACAUUGGUAAUCAUUUACUCAGGAGCAUGCUACUGUAAGUAAAAAUAACGUCGAGAGGCACUUAGAUUUAAGUAAUUUUGUAAAUUGAAGCACAAAAGUAAAAGAAUUGUUUUUCAGAGCUAGAAUGUAUUUUAGGAUUCGUUCCUUAAAUAAAAACUUAAUUGAAAAUAUGUACAGCAAAAAAGAAAAUUAAAUAAGACAAUAAAUUGAUAGUUAGUCACAAAAUA